CUUCAUAGGUUCUGACGUUAAGUAUUUUGAAUCACUUAAAAAAAAAAAAUUAAUACCCUAAUCCAAUUCACACUCUACGAGUUUGCUCCAUCCUCGUUAGUGUCGUUGUUUGAGGUGAAGGAUUAAAAGGAAGAAAAAAAGCAGAGAUGUUGUUUCAGGUGGGGGGACAAGGGAGUCGUCCGACGUUCUUCGAGAUGGCAGCGGCCGAACAGCUUCCCCGCAGUCUCCGUGCCGCUCUUACAUACUCAAUUGGUGUUCUCGCAUUACGAAGACCUUUCCUUCAUAGAUUCUUAGAUUACGAAGAUGAAUCUUUCGCUUUACUCAUGCUCGUUCUCGAAGCUCACAGCUUACGAACCACAGAUGCUUCUUUUUCUGAAUCACUCUAUGGUCUCCGUAGAAGACCCACAAAUAUCAAACUCGUUAACGAUACUGAUGCUACUUCACAUUUACGGAGGCGCCAAAAACUUCUUUCCCUUCUCUUUUUGGUUGUGUUGCCGUAUUUGAAAUCAAAGAUGCAUUCAAUUUACAAUAAAGAAAGGGAAGCAAGGAUUCAGGCCAGUCUUUGGGGUGAUGAAAAUGACUCAUAUGAUUUUGAACACGACUCUGUGGUGUCCACAUUGACAUCGGAUGCUCAUGCUUCUGUUAGGACACGCAUCAUUAAGAGAUUUCAGAAAAUUGUCGGAUUUUGUUACCCUUUGUUACAUGCUGGUACUGAGGGUAUGCAAUUUGCAUACCAGAUGUUAUACCUGUUGGAUGCUACCGGGUACUACUCACUAGCACUGCACGCACUUGGGAUUCAAGUGUGCCGAGCUACUGGGCAAGAGCUGAUGGAUGCCUCAUCUAGAAUAUCUAAGAUACGUAGCCGUGAACGUGAGAGACUCCGUGGUCCUCAAUGGUUGAAGACAUUGCAGGGAGCAUUACUCAGCUCUACAUACACUGUACUUGACUAUGCACAAACCGGUUUGAUUGCAGCAGUGUUCUUCUUUAAAAUGAUGGAAUGGUGGUACCAGUCUGCUGAGGAAAGAAUGUCAGCUCCAACUGUAUAUCCUCCUCCCCCUCCCCCUCCUCCACCAAAGGUUGCCAAAGAAGGGGUACCACUACCAAAAGACAGAACAAUUUGCCCCCUGUGCUUGCAGAAGCGUGUUAAUCCAUCUGUAAUUACAGUAUCAGGGUUCGUCUUCUGCUAUGCCUGUAUAUUCAAGUAUACCACUCAGUAUAAGCGCUGCCCAGCAACAUUGAUGCCUGCAACUGUUGACCAGAUAAGGAGACUCUUUCACGAUGUAUAGUCCCAGUUGGAAUGGACCUGCUAUAAUUAUAGCUGUCAUGACUAUAUGCGUAAAAGAUUCACAAUGGUUGUUGUACUGAUGUAUGUUUAUUUUAAUGUAAGAGGCUAGUUAAGAAGCAUAAUUUUUGUUAUUAUUCUCUCAAUUCAUUUGUACAAAGUUCUAACAAUAAAUUCUACCAAUACGUUCAUUCAUUAUUUGCACUGAACAGUUGAGAACUAAGAAA